CCAACCCAAAUUGUUAAAACUAAAGAGAGAAAAAAGUAACAUUAAAAUUAAAAGAAAUUGGAAUUUGGUGUGAAUUUUUGCUGUUCAAGAUCUGGAAGGAAGACUUGAAGACUUCUGGAUUGCUGUUCACUGGAUUUUGGUGGAGUUGCAUCAAAGGAAGUAUUGGUUUCUCCCAUGGCAGGGUCGUAUGUAGAUGUUCGACACUGAGGAAACAAAAGAAAUCGCAAAAAGUUGAAAAUUAAGUAGGAUUAAGGUAAAACUACUCACAUCUUUUAGAAAAUGGAUCAAUUCUCGCAUGAUCUUACCGUGGCCUUGGAGGAAACGUCAUUACUUGAUAGGGCUCGCGUUAGCCGUUGGGGACAACAAAGGCGAAGAACUCGAAGCACCGGAAAUUUGCCUUGUGCACCACAACCUACAGAGGAUUCAAGCAGUCCCACUGAUGUUGCAAAUGGGUCAUCCGUGCAAGCCAACAAUAAUGAUGGGCUGGACACACAAAAUGUAAAUUUGCCCAGUGACUCCGAUGAGAAGGAAGAGUUGGCUGCGCCACGCCUAGCUUGCAAACCACAAAAUGCUUUGCGUCUAUUAGGCACUUUAGAGUCAGAUUCUCUUAAUGAGGCAUUUAGCCCAGCAAGAUUCUUCAAGCCAAGUGCCAGAAGAAAGCGUAAGAUGAAACGUAUUUCUAUGGACUAUGAAAUCAUUGGUUCCGGAGCCCAGCCACAUUUACCAGAUACUUCUUCGGCUUUUAUCAUAAGUCCUCCUCAGUCCACAGGAUGCCCUAGUACAAUUACGGCAAUGCGCAAAAGGGUUCUUAAGCCCGAAUUUGGAAGUCGUCAAAUGUUUUUCUGCGGCAAACGCAAGCGUUCAAAUCGUGAUCGCUACCAAGAACAUGAUCAUUCGUCCAGCGUACCUCGGCACAAUCACUUAGAGGAAUACGGAAUGAGGCCUCGAAGUUUCUCAUCUACUUCAAAACCGCAUAGUGAUAGACUUUUGCCUCUUAAUAAAGGACUUUUGUCGAAAAUUGAACGCAUCUCUCAACAGCAAAAGACUGAAAAUGCGAAGGAGACAAGUAUGUUUACGGUCACCAAAAAUUGCGACAAUGAAAUUCUUAAUACAGAAGGAAACGAAGAUACUCUACCGAGUGAAGUGACCACUGCAACCAUGGCUGCCGAAGAAACUGUGGAGGCAGAAGAUAAUGACUCCUCUGCCUUGUUGUUGUCCAAACAAAAAGAAACAAAUUUCCGUAAUCACCGAAAAAAGAGGACAGGUCAUCAUCACCGUCGUCGUCCGCUGCAAUUUGCAGUCGACCAGCAUUCCAUGGACUGCGAAGAAUUUAAUAGUUCAAGUUCGUUGAGUUCCUCUGAUUCGGAUGACCAUGCGGUAAACGAUACCGACAGAGAGGGUGAUGACGAAUUGACAGAUUGGCCAGGCAAUGAAAACAACUGCGGCGAAUUGAAAUACGAUAGUAAACGUAAAUUGACAAAGCGCAACACCCUGCCCCAAAUCAAAUCUGACCCAGAGAGUGUUGGAUCCUUGCUGAUGGCCGAAGAUGACACUGUUAUGUCUAAUACUACAGUUGGCGAAACGUCCCUAAACUGGCCACCAGCCACAGAAAACAAUAGGGAUAUAGGGUCUGAUCCACCAUACCAAUCCUCAGAACCAAUAACCAUUAUAAAUAAAAUGGGAUUUUCAUCUUUGUGUCGCCCGGAUAUAUCUGCCGAUGAAAUUACAUUGCCCAUGAAACAAAUUGAAAGCGAAAUGUCUGGUGAGACUUCUAAUCCUUUUCUCUCCUCCCCGCCUUGCCAACCAAACGAAGUGCGUGAGAUUCGUGCAGGUUGUCGUCGUGUUAAAGGCGAAAGACCAGGUUUUAGUAUAAAAACAUCAGUAAAUGAGCGUCUGGCACGUUUUUUGCAAGAUCCUCGACUUCUACAGAUUCGCUUGCCGGAUAUUGAAAUAUAUGAACACGACAGUCUUAUUAACUUGGCUCGUCUCUACUCACUGCAAAUGUCACUGGAUAAUGGAUGUGCGGUGCUCAAUAAAACAAGCAACACCACACAAUCCGUUAAUAUAGAUCAACAGGGUCUACAAGGUGGUUUAUUUUUGAGUGACUUCAAACGACGUUGCUAUGACAACAAAGAUGGGGAAUUAGUACAUAAUAAGUAAAUCUUGGACAAAAUAAAUAAUAAUAAUACAAAUUGUGCUACAUUGUAUGCAUAUGUAGAAUUAAACCGUUAAAGUGCAACACAAAUCAAAUUUUUAACUUAAAUGUAAUUAAUUUUAGUAAUAAUUAAGAAAAAAAUGAAUGAAUGUAUCUAUGUAUGUACGUAUUAUAUAUGUAUGUAUGCAGCAAUUUUCUCUAAUUUUUUAGCCUCUACACACAACAUUAUUAUUUUAAAUUUAGUUAAUUACGAAUUUGAAUAAAAUUGAAAAAAGUAAACAUUAAAAUAAUUUUACACAUAUAUUUUCACAUAAUUUGCCUACUUGUGGUCAAGUGGAUUAAAAAACUAAUGAAAAAUAACAAUAUAAUCACAUUGCAAUUACAAAAUAAUUAUUAUAUGUAUAUUAUUUUUUUUUUAUUAUUAUAGAUUUUUACAUCUAUGGGCAACUGAGAUUUUGUUUGCAGCUUUCUCUCAAAAUCAAUGCAAAAAUAUUUAAUUCUGCUUAUCUCAAAACUAAAUCAAAAAAAAAUUAAAUUAACAUUAAAAAAAAUUAUUUAUGGAAAAAAAAAAACAAUAUAAUUAUCUGCCUAAAACAAAAACAUGGUAGCACACAUUUCUGAAAUUCCGUUUAUGGAAAGUAAUGUUAACGAUUUCGCUUAAAUUGCAUUCGAUGGCAUGCGUAUAUGGUAAUUUAUUUUUUUAAAUUCACCUGGCACGGAAGAUCACCAAGAUUUCGAAAUGUAGAUAACCAAAAAUCAAUGUUAUAUGUAAAUAUUAUACAGUAGAUAUAACAAAAAUAUAGAAUAGUAAGUCUUGUCUUGCUUACAAAUAAAGAAUCAUUUAUAUAGUAAA